UUCAAUUCGACGAUAUUGAACCACAGGAAGCCGUUCGAACCAGCUCAAGCCCUUCUCAAAUCCUGUCAAUCGAGUCUGCUACUUCUCUACCGAUCUCAGCCCCGUGAGCCCCUCUUUCCAUCACAGCAACAAACCCUUCCGUCGCGGUGGCCUCUGUUCUCCGCCGAUCCUUCUGCAAGCUCCAAUCCCGAAGCUCCUAAUUCGCCACCAUCCGGCCACUUUGCCACCCGUCGAAUCUUCAACACGCUCGAGACCCCUUCCGCCGCCUCGGAUCUCGUGAAUUCCCGCGCCACACCAGCGAAUCAUCCCACGCGGGAUCUCCCGCCAUCUCACCACCACCACCUCCCUCCCACUCACGCGGCAAUCAUGGGAGUUGAUUCCCCCCGUCGCACGUUUCUUUCCUCCCCCGCAACAGUCAAGCCCGGCGGCCACCCCGGCUACAAGACCUCCGGCAAUCUCAUCGCCGCGGCUGCUCUCUCCGCCUCCGCCUCCGCGGCUUCCGCGACGGCUGCCGUCGCUCCUCCGCUGAACAAUUCCGCCACCGGCGCGUCCCCGCUCGCCGCAGGGCUUUCCCCCCACCGCAAGGUUUCCCCCGGUGCCCUUGCGCUCAUGAUGAUCCGGCGGGAAGGCGCAGCGGCUGGUGACGCCAAGAACGCAUCUUCAUACCUCUCUCCUCGCAAGAAUGGCAGCACCAGUGGCGGCGGCGCCGCGGCAGCGGAGGAAUUAGUCUACGCGUCGGCGGAUGCCGCAGCGGCGGGGUUCGCUUCGCUGAGUCUCGGCGACUCGGCUGACACCACGGCAGCUGCUCGCGCCGCCGUGAGCCUCCUCUCGCUGGAAGACGCGCACAACUCGAAAUCCACCGCACUGCUGAAUGGCAGUGGCGGAUCGUCGCUCUUGAAACGCGUGGGUUCCGCCACAGCUGCUGCUGCCGCCGCCGCCGCUGCUUCUGCCACCGUUGCUGCUGCAGCUGCUGCUGCUGAUUCGCCGAAAAUCGCGGCGGCUGGUGCUGCGCAGACGGCGGCGCCGCCCAAGUUUGUGUAUCACGAGGAUCUGGUGCGGGUGGUGCGGCCUGAGGACGACGAGGACGGCAAGGCACUGCGCGCCAAGCUGGUGGCUCUGGUGCCGUUCCAGAAGGGGCAGCUGAUCGCCAAAAUCGAAGGCGUGUCCUGGGACGUCCCCUGCAGCUACAGCACGGUGCAGUACGGUCCACAGCGGCACCUGGAGCUGAACUCGGACCUAGUCUACAUGAACCACAGCUGCGACCCCAACGUGGCCGUCAGCGUGGGCGCCAUGGAGGUGCGCGCGCUCAAGGCCAUCCCUGUGGGCGGCGAGCUCACGUUCUUCUACCCGUCCUCUGAGUGGGAGAUGCAGCAGCCCUUCACCUGCUGGUGUGGCUCUGAUAAGUGUGUGCGGCUGGUGGCUGGGGCCAAGUUCCUUACGCCUGACAAGCUGAGCCAGUACUUUGUCAACUCGAACAUCCGCGACAUCAUCUGCAACACACUCUCCUCCAAGCUCCCCAAGCACCAGGCUGUGUGACGAGCUGGUUUUGGAGACAAGGCAGGUUGAAACCGUGAGGCAUCGAUGAGUUCAAGCCAAAAAUUGGGUGGUCCAAUGUCGCGAGUGGUAAUAGCAUGUGAAGCAAUUACUGUAGAAUGUAGACUUGCGCAGUUCUGCUUAUCCCUCCACCCUGUUAACGUAGAAACGAAUGAUUACUAGAGGUGGAAACCUAGAACAAAUACUAGUUGGUUGUACUCACUAGAAGCAUACCUCAGUCUAGCCUAUAACUUCUACAUAGAUAAUAUGUAUAAGUUGACACACCCCCUAGGCUAGACAAGGGGUGAAACUAAACAAGAAGCAAACAGCUCAGGGCGGCACUACUA